AGGGCAGUGCUGGAGUCACCAGCCCUGGAGGGUUGGACAGACGGACAUGAGGUUCUCAGGAAAUGGGGCAGUGCCGGGGGUGGGGGAACAGUUGGACUUGAUGGUCUUUUCCAACCAAAAUGACACUGUGAUUCAGUGUCCUGUAGUCACCCUUGCAGGGACAGCCACGUCUUGGAAAAAUGCAACAGUUUGUGAGCAAGUGGCCAAGUCCUAAAAUGUCCCAUUGGCAGAACAAGGAGGCUUCGAGGCCCGUUUUUCUCUGUUCUUGGCUGCUUUUUCUGAGUUCUGCCCCUGCUGGAGGCUACAGAUGGAUGCAGGGAGGGCAGCUGCUUCCAGCUGUGGGCUGAUGUGACCCCCGUGCCACAUCCAGUGGCACCGGGCCAGGAGCUGAACCGGGUGGGUGCUGGCGUGGAUGGGUGGGCUGGCAAUCCCUGGGGCUUUGGUAUCAGGAGGGAUGAGCUGGUCUCGUGUGCUUCCCUGAUGGGACAAAAUGAGCUGCUGUCCAUUGUGUGGCUGUGGGGCUGAAACCUGCAGAUCCUGCCUGUGGAUAAGCCAUUUUUCCCCUUGAUUUCAUGACAUUUUUUGGCCGUGGGAUGCUUGGGACAGCUCUCCCAGAGCUGCUGCGGGGAUCCCCAUUACUGCUCCUUGUUCUGCAUCCUUUCCUCGCCUCCUGUCGCACGUCGAGUUUUCAUGAGCUGAAAAAAAGCCCCAUUAAAAACCUACUUUGAGCUCUGCAUGGUACAGAGGUUCCUUAUGUAACAAACCUGCAUUUUUCUGGUGAGUAAGAGGAGUUUAUCAGUUGGAGUCAGUCCCUGCGCUCUGGGAACGAUUCCUGGCAGGGCUGAGCUUGCUCAGAGCCAGACUGUGCAGCUGCCGGUAUUAAUAGCAGCGGGUACACGCUCGUCAGUGCCAGCGUGAUGGACUGGGACGGCUGGGCUGGCUGUGCCAGUGGUGGGGGGCACCGGGGGGCUGCUGCUUCUCUUCUGGCAGGGCUGGAUGCCAAAGAAUGCAGAAAGCAAGAAGUGAGAAAAGCCUGCUGAUGGAAUGGGGGUGAAGGAGCUCCUGUGUGGCGGGGCUUCUCCAGAGCGUGCUGAGCACCCUGGGAAAUGCCAGUUUGUGAAGUUUGCCAACAUCGAGGAGGACACCCCGUCCUACCACCGCAGCUACGACUUCUUUGUCUCCCGCUUCAGCGAGAUGUGUCACUCCAGCCACGACGACCUGGACAUCCGGACAAAGAUCCGGAUGUCUGGCAUUAAAGGCCUGCAAGGAGUGGUGAGGAAGACGGUGAACGACGAGCUCCAAGCCAACAUCUGGGACCCACAGCACAUGGACAAGAUCGUCCCCUCGCUGCUCUUCAACUUGCAGCACGUGGAGGAGACCGAGAGCCGCUCCCCCUCCCCGCUGCAAGCCGCCGAGAAGGAGAAGGAGAGUCCCACGGAGCUGGCGGAGCGGUGUCUGCGGGAGCUGCUGGGCCGGGCGGCGUACGGCAACAUCAAGAACGCCAUCAAACCCGUCCUCAUCCACCUGGACAACCACUCGCUCUGGGAGCCGAAGAUCUUUGCCACGUGCUGCUUCAGGAUCAUCAUGUACUCAAUCCAGCCGCAACAUUCCCAUCUCGUCAUCCAGCAGCUCCUGGGGCACCUGGAUGCCAACAGCAAGAGCGCGGCCACCGUGCGCGCCGGCAUCGUGGAGGUUCUGUCCGAGGCAGCUGUGAUCGCAGCCUCCGGAUCUGUCGGCCCCACGGUGCUGGAGGUGUUCAACACGCUGCUGCGGCAGCUGCGGCUCAGCAUCGACUACGCGCUGACCGGGAGCUACGACUGCGCCGCCGGCGUCAGCACCAAGAUCAUCAAGGAGCAUGAGGAGAGGAUGUUCCAGGAGGCCGUCAUUAAAACCAUCGGGUCCUUCGCCAGCACACUGCCCACCUACCAGCAGUCCGAGGUGAUGGUGUUCAUCAUGAACAAGGUGCCGCUGCCCUCCUCGCAGCACGGCAUCGAGGCGGGCAGAGCCGGGGAGAACCGGAACCGGCUGACACAGAUAAUGCUCCUCAAGUCCCUCCUCCAGGUCUCCGUGGGCUUCCAGUGCAGUAACAUGCUGACGGCGCUUCCCAGCGCCUUCCUGGACAGGCUGCUCUCCGCAGCCCUCAUGGAGGACCCUGAGAUCCGCCUCUUCGUCCUCGAGAUCCUCAUCAGCUUCAUCGAUCGCCACGGGAACCGCCAGAAAUUCUCCACCAUCACCACCAUCAGCGACAUCUCCAUCCUGAAGCUGAAAGUGGACAAAUGCUCGCGCCAAGAUACCGUCUUCAUGAAGAAGCACGGCCAGCAGCUCUACCGGCACAUCUACCUGAUAUGCAAGGAGGAGAGCAACGUGCAGGCUCACUACGAGGCUCUGUACAGCAUGCUGAUGCUCAUUAGCAUCGAGCUGGCUAACGAGGAGGUGGUGGUGGAUCUCAUCCGCCUGGUGCUGGCAGUGCAGGAGAUUGCCCAGAUCAAUGAGGACAACUUGCCAGCCUACAACCGCUGUGCGCUCUUCGCCCUGGGUGCAGCGUACCUGAACCUCAUCAGCCAGCUCACCACCGUGCCCACCUUCUGCCAGCACAUCCACGAGGUCAUCCAGAUGCGACAGAGGGAAGCUCCCUAUCUGCUCCCUGAAGAUGUGUUUGUGGAGAAACCCACGCUGAGCAAGAGCCUUGACCGUCUGGGUCCGGAGGUCUUUUUCUGGCAGAGCAAGAUCAGUGAGGUGCUGGGUGGCAGCGGCUACAACUCGGACCGGCUCAGCACACCCUACAUCCCCCAGCUGACGGAUGAAGAUCGACUGUCCAAGAGGAAGAGCAUUGGUGAGACCAUUUCACUGCAGGUUGAGGUGGAGUCGAGGAACAGCCCGGAGCGAGAGCAGAGAGCACCAGCAGAAGAGAUCACGUAUGAGACACUGAAGAAGGCGAUAGUAGACAGCGUCGCCGUGGAGGAGCAGGAGCGGGAGCGAAGGCGGCAAGUGGUGGAGAAAUUCCAGAAAGCCCCGUUUGAAGAGAUCGCAGCCCACUGCGGUGCCCGGGCGACGCUACUGCAGAGCAAACUCAACCAGAUCUUCGAGAUCACCAUACGGCCACCACCGAGCCCCUCUGGCACCAUCACAGCCGCUUACGGUCAGCCCCAAAACCACUCCAUCCCGGUGUACGAGAUGAAGUUCCCGGACCUGUGCGUGUACUGAGGGCGGCCGUGCCGGCGGGACCGAGCUGGCACCAAGGGACCUCUUGGGGACAGAGCGCCGACCCCGCGGGGAGCUCAUCCUCGUGCAGGACGGGUGGGGACACGGACACCGAGGCCACCCCAAGAUUUGUCGGCACCACAAAGCCGUGUCCUGUACUUUUCUUUUUGGACUCGCUGCCCGCGCAGCCACGUUUCUGCAGCGGUCGGUGGUGCAGGAGGCUCGGGGCACGGUGGCACGGGGAGGUUGCUGUGAUGUCCCUCUCCAGUUUUGGAGAGGAGAAAGGAGAUGCCCUGGCUCUGGGCAGAGCACGUUGGGCACGCCUUCCCAGCACAAAGCAAACCUGUUUCUUGGGGAAAUCCCUCCCCACAUCAUCCAUCGACCACAUCAGGAGCCCCCGGCGAGGGGCAGAUGGAGGGGGUGAGACUGGAAAAGGCAGGAGAAGGUCUGGGGUGCCAUGUGCUGGAGCCUGGGGCAGCCCCAAAACCAAAGCCUGGCUUUGGGGCAGGUUAUUGGCGAGGGGAUGGUCUCCCUGCAUCUUCCCAUAGCCCCCUCAGUGUGGGGACAGUUUCCCUGGGUGCUUCGAGGUGUCCCCAUGUCCCCGAUGGAGAGUUUGCCCGGUGAGGGCGGUGAUUGUCCCACCGCAGCGUGGGGACACACACAGCAGCCUGGCUGGUUCCAGGCCACUUAAGAUGUGAUUUCUUUCGGAAAACCCGCUAUUUUUGGGAGAACCCACAGGAAUGCCCAGCUGAGCCCGCAGCGGUGACACAAGGCACGAGCAACCACCAUGCUGGCAAAUAUUAACUCAUUAACCCACUGUUUUCAUAUUUUGGGGUUUGGGUUGUCACAGUUUUGGGGCUCCUGUCUCAAAGAAAGAAUUACUUUUAUUUUUCUUUAGCAGGAUCACUUUGAUAAUGUCCCAUCUUGCACCAACUGAGCCGUAACCACCAAGAAACCCCUGCACUGCAGGAAUUAGCUGAGAUAAAAGGUGUUUUACAGGGUCCACCCUGCAUCCGAUGGGCUGUGGGUCGCACCACUUCUUGCUCAAGAGCCUAAACCUGGAUUUGGGCUGGGGGAGGAUGAGCCCAUCGAGAAUUCUGCUUUGGAUACACAUGGUAGAAAGUUCUGGGUCCUACCAAACCAAAAGUGCGAGGUGAAAGACGGUCAGGAUGGGGAGGACAGGUCGCUUGGGGGGUAUUUAGUCAUUCAAGGGGGGUAUUCGGUCAUUCACGGGGGGUAUUUCAUCAUGCACAGGGGGUUUUGUGUCAGUCAUAGGGGGUAUUGAGUUGUUCGUGUGGUAUUUAGUUGUUCGCAGGGGGUUUCAGUUCAUGGUGUAUUUGGUGGUUCAAAGGGGGUGUUUGGUCGUUCAAAGGGGGUUUUCAGUCAUUCACAAGGGUAUUUAGUCAUACACAGAGGGUUUGGAGUUGUUUACAGGGGAUAUUCUAUUAUUUAUGGGGGCAUUUGGUUGUUCGUGGGGGAAUUUAGUUGUUCACAGGGGGGAUUUUAGUUGUUUGAAGGGGUUACUUGGUUGUUCCCAGGGGUUAUUUAGUUGUUCACAGCAUUUUCAGUCAUUCAUAGGGCGUUUUCAGUCAUUCAUAGGGGUAUUUAGUCAUUCAUAGGGGUGUUUACUCAUUCACAGGGGUACUCAAUCAUUCACAGAGGAUAUUUAGUUGUUCUCUGGGGGUAUCUAGUUGUUCACAGGGCAUUUAGUCAUUCACAGGAGGUUUUCAGUCAUUCACAGGGGGUAUAUGGUUGUUCACAGGGCAUUUUCAGUCAUUUAUAGGGCUAUUUAGUCAUUCAUAGGGCUGUUUACUCAUUCAUAGGGCUGUUUAGUCAUUCAUAGGGGUAUUUACUCAUUCAUAGGGGUAUUUACUCAUUCAUAGGGGUAUUCAGUCAUUCACAGGGGAUAUUUAGUUGUUCUCUUGGGGUAUCUAGUUGUUCACAGGGUAUUUAGUCACUCACAGGAGGUUUUCAGUCAUUCACAGGGGGUAUUUGGUUGUUUGCAGGGGGUAUUUGGUCAUUCAGAUGGGGUAUUUAGUUGCCCGGGGGGGGUCUCUUUCAAGCUCUGGACUUGCCGCUUCUGUCUUUGUCACACGAAGAGACACAGGAGGGUCUGAACUGGAUCCGUGGGUUGGGGACAGCAGCGUCCCCAUGUCCCCCCAGCUUCCUUCAGCCACCACCUGUUUCCCCGCCACCUCUCGCUACAGACCUUCGGUUAUUUUAAGCUUAAAUACACAUCACCUCCCCCUUUUUUUGAAUGUAUUUUUCCCCUUGGGGGGCGGGUAGGGUUUGCGACCGCCCCGAGGUCACCCCUUGUAAUCCUAGUUUAGGAAGUGAUCUAGCUUAAGAGGACAGGAAAAAACAGGGUUUAUUUCGGUCCCCGGGCUGGAUCAUGGCACUGGCCCCGCUCGUAGCGUGGCCUGAGGGUCUCCUUGGGGUCCCCGUGUGUCUCUGUCCCCUGUCUCCAACCCCUUUUUGCUCCCCGAGUUAUGCCCAGAGCUGCUGAACCCCAAGUUUGGGCUGGGGCAGGUUUUGGGGUUGGUGAUGGGAACGGAGGGUUUGUUCUGAUGAAUAAACCACGAAAAUCUUGAACAAAACACAGUGGGAAAAGCAAGUAAAGCCCGAAUUGUGUGUCCACAGGGAAAAACCACCACCAAAACUCUUCAAAAAACACAAAAAAGGUGGAAAGAUGAGCUCAAGUCUUGCUCGCCCCGAAGGAGCCACAUGGACAGCGUGGGGCACAUCUCGGGGUGCCCAUCGUCCCUUUUCGGACAGAAAAUACCCCUGGGCUCUGCUCCCGGGACCCGGACUGUGGGUUUUCCCUGUUGUCCCUCUGCUCCCAACGCUUGUCCCCACGGGGCCGGGGCUGUCACCUCCCCGCUGGCUGCGUCCCCCGGCAUGUCCCACCGUCACCCCCUCCGCAUUUUGGGACCCAAACUCCACCUGUAAAUGUCCCCCCCCAACACACACACAGUGUAAGUGACCUGUUUGUACAUCACGUUUAGUUUAGAUACUUGUGUACCUAUAGAUGACAAAUAUAUUUCUAUAUAUUUAUAUAUAGAAAUAUAUCUAUAUAUUUCUAUAAGCGGGGCAGUUUUAGGUGCAUGUGUGCGUUUCCAUCUCUGUAUUUCGGAGCACUGUGGCGUUCGUGUGUGUGUGUGUGUAGCCCAGGGGAGUGGGUUGUUCAAAAAGGGCCGAGAAGCCGUGAAUAUUUUCCAAUGCAUCAUCUUAAUGCCCUUUUCGAAUAAACGUUGAUGUUGCCA